CUGUAGUAGAUCAUUAAAUAUUAUCAAGGCAAAGUAACUAACCAUUAUCGUUGAAAAUUUUCUGAGUUCGCUAGUGUUGUUCAUUUCUAAGUGUGAACGAUGCUACUGAUACCAUCUUGGAUACUCCAGCUGAUUAUUUUCAUAGUGUUCCUAAUAUGCUUCCUUUGGAUGUACAGUGUAAGAAAUUUUGAUUAUUGGAAGAAACGAGGUGUAUAUUCUCCAAAGCCAACUCCGUUCUUGGGAAACAUAGGAGAACUAGUCUUCUUGAAGAAAUGUCUUUCUGAGUGGUUAUCUUCUUUAUAUUUUUCUACGGACGAAAGAUUUUUUGGAGUAUUUAUGUUCGACGAACCUUCUUUGGUAUUGAAAGACCCUAAACUGAUUCAACUCGUGAUGAUGAAGGAUGCGGAUUAUUUCCCCGAUAGGAGUAAUGCCGAACCUCAAGACGAAAUCAUGUCAAAUUUUAUGUUUUUUCAAAAAAGUCCUCGCUGGAAAAGUGAUAGAACAAAAUUGACUCCUGUUUUUACAUCUGGUAAACUGAAAGCUAUGUUUUCUCUGAUAUACAAUGUCGCUGAAGAAAUGGUGAAAUAUCUUGAAGAUAACGUGGGAAAAAUUGAAGCGAAAGAUAUAUCAGCGAGAUAUUCUACCGAUGUUAUAGCAAAAUGUGCCUUUGGAAUCGAUGCAUAUUGUUUUGACGAUCAAGAAUCUGACUUUAGAAAAUAUGGUAGGCUUAUGUUGGAGUUCUCUUUGAGAAACGCCUUCUCUCAAAUGAGUUAUUUUUUUAUACAGACCUGGGUCAAAAUUUUCCACAUUAACCUUUUUUCCGAAGAGGUAAGGAACUACUUUUCCCAAGCGUUUACCCAAACUAUGAAAUCAAGAGAGUUGAGCAAAACAAGGGUCAAUGAUUUUGUAGACCUGCUGAUUGAUUUGAAAAAUUCCAACCAACUACCAGAAGAAUUAGCAACCAAAAAAGCUUGCGGACAAGCCCUGAUGUUUUUUGCAGCUGGAUUCGAAACUACCAGCUCUUCGAUUUCUUUUACACUGCAUGAGUUAUGUCUUAAUAGAGAGGUACAGAAUAAGGUUAGAGCAGAAAUUUUGGAAACGAUAAAAAACCAUGGAGGAAUAACAUAUGAAUCAAUCCAAGAUAUGAAAUAUCUCAAAAAUUGUAUAUACGGUGAGUUUUUGUAGAAUCAGUUUUUGAAUGUAUCAUCGAAUGGUCGGUCGGUUCGACGUGGGUGCUUUGUUCACUCACUUGAUUCACUGAGCGAUCGAUUUUCACUUGCUACCGUCCAACCCGUGUUAGGAAUCAC